AGUUCUGUAACAGACAAACAAAAGUUAUCAUCUCUUACAAUCAGACGUGCAACGAAAAUCCUGCGAUUUAGGGAACGGAUUGUGAAAUUUCUUCGAAAUAUUCGCGACGUAGAGACAUGCUGUAAUACAUUAACUGCUAAUGAUGGCACGAUUCAAUUUUCUUAUGACCAGACAUAUGAGACUCGAAAUAUUUCCCGUUGGUUCAGGUUGAGGGUUGCCUUAUUUAUACAGAAUAAACAGCCCUUGCUUGCUUGUCGGCGCGUGAUCCGAACGUUCUACGUCGGUGUUCUUUUUCUAUCGUUUUUGAAUCGCCGCUAGCGUGUUAAUUAAACAAACAAACUGUGGCCGAGAUAGUGUUAAUCGGAUACGGCACAAGAAAAUCUGGAAAGGACGUGCGAGUCGAUGAGAAGAAGGAGGCGGCGGAGGAGAAAGAGGCAGGAAUUUAGGAUCAUCGAAAGAUAUGGAGAAUAACGACGAAGCGCGCACUGUGGCUGAUCGUGCGUCGACGUCAAAGGAGGAACCCUUAGAAGCCACUGCUGAUGAUGAUUACGGCUGCGAGCAUUAUAAACGAAAAUCCAAAUUUGUUACACCAUGUUGCAACAAGGUAUAUACAUGUCGAUUCUGUCACGACAAAGAAGAGACUCAUACAGUAAAUAGAAAAGAAGUCACAGAACUGAUAUGCGUUUUAUGUGAUACUCGUCAGCCAGUACAAGCCACUUGCCAAAAUUGUGAUUGUCGAUUCGGUAAAUAUACAUGUCUCGAGUGUAAUUUAUUUGAUGAUGAGGACAAAAAUCAGUAUCAUUGCGAUGGCUGCGGAAUAUGUAGAGUCGGCGGUCGCGACCGAUUUUUCCACUGUGCCAAGUGCAACAUGUGUUUACCAGUUCAAUUACAAAACGGACACACGUGUGUAGAAAAUGUUUCUCAUGCAAAUUGUCCAGUUUGUCUUGAGGAUAUUCACACAAGUCGUAUACCUUGUCACAUUCCAAAUUGUGGUCAUUUGCUUCAUCGCACAUGCUUUGAGGAAUUGUUACAUUCAGGACAUUAUGCGUGUCCAACUUGCCAAGUAUCCCUUCUAGAUAUGACUGAUUUAUGGAGAUUUUUGGAUAUGGAAGUAUCAUCAACACCAAUGCCAGAAGAAUAUAGGGAUUAUAAGGUUGAUAUUCUGUGCAAAGACUGUCAUGAGGAAUCAACAGUAAAAUUCCAUAUUGUAGGUUUGAAAUGUUUGAAUUGUGGAAGUUAUAACACUUGCAGAGUUAAAGGAUCUCCUUCUCCAGGUUGAUAUUAAUUACAGAUCCAGAUACAUUGGACUAAAUAAUUAGUAUCAACAUUAUGAAUAAUGAAGAAAAAUUAUGCAGAACAUAAAAUUCUGAGUAUUACAACGGGAAAAUUAUGCAAUUCCCGCGAGAAAGUGUUGCUUUUAAGCGAUUGAGAAAGA